UUGCAGCCAUACUUAUCUGAGUGGUCAAAUUGUUUCAUCAAAUUUCAAGUAUAUAUUCUUGAGAAAUUCUUCUCGAGCCUAUUGCAGUGAUUCUACUUCGUUAUUCUCGAACUGCAGGUGAUUUGCACCUCUGACUCACUGUUUAAAUUUAAUUUUCAUAAUUUUUGAAUAUUGUUUGGAGAAUUUACUUUUCGUUUAAUGAAGCGUAUAAAUUGGCGAUGAAGAAGAUGGAAAUUGUGCGCAUCGAUGAAUAUUAAUUUGAAUAACAUCGAUUUAUUGAUAUUUCCCGUUUUCACAAAGCGCGUAAAUUAUGUUCAGUAAACAGCGAUUCAGCCAGCUCAGACGGCAAUCUCGACGAUGGCACAAUGCUGUUGCAACGAGAGUUCUUCGAUCACCGGAAAUCACUAUACGUUCAACAAAUUUGGACGAAAAUUUUCAAGAAGUCGUUAAAGAGGUUGCAAAGCGAACAUUGAGUCACUGUUCAACGGAAAAUGAAGUUGCUUCAUCUAUCAAGAAACAUUUCGAUGAAAUGACAGGGUCAUGUUGGAACUGUAUAGUUGGAAGGAACUUCGGGUCGCAUGUGGAAUGUACUUUCUAUGUACAUCUCAUUUGUUCCAGAAUUUCUAUUGUCUUGUACAAGAUAGAUUAAAUAUCCUCUGCUUCACAAGUUUUCAGCUUAUUUUUGAAAACAUGCAGAACAAAUUUGCUUUUCUAUGUACUAAUAAAAAGAUUGGAGGAGAAUUGUCCACAUUUCUUCCUACCUUAUUAUUUGCGC